GCUUCACACCAUCGCAACCACCUCGACCACCACACGUCCCUUCCCUUCCCUUCAUCCCGCCCUUCUCCCCUUCCCUUCUCCCGCUCACAACAACCACAACAUACCUUCACUUUUAAUUUCCCUUCCUCACUCCCUCUCUGGUAAACACAACAACUACCAUCUAACGAAUUUCCCCAUAACCAAUUAACUUCCUCAUCUACGCGUCUAAUCAAAUUAUUAUUACCUUGGCUCGACAUGGCCAACGAUACGCCAUCACACUCUCCCAGGGAGAAUACUGUCGCCACUACCGAAGGGAAAGCCGUUACCUCUCCGGCCGCAGAGAAAGACGCGCAAGUUGAUAAACCAAACAAUACUGAUCAAGCUAAUACAGACUGUGGAGAUAAGAUGGAUGUCGAUGAAGGCUCUGCGAUCAAGUCUGAGCCGAAGACUGCGGUCGAUGACGACACUACAGACGCGCCCAAGGGCGACCAAAGCAAAGCGGAUGCUAAGCAGGCAGCCAAGGGGAGAGAGAAUGUCGCCACUGGUUCUGGAGAUGAGAAAGAGAAGGUUGAGGGGGCGGAAAAUGAUUCCGCUGACCCCUCCAGAAAGUCUACUAGACAACGCAAGGCAGGGGCAACCACCACACCCAAGCCUACCAAGAAGAAGUCCUCCGCCAAUUUGAAAGGGAAGACUCCUAGAUCUACCAAGAAAGCUGUCGUCGAUGUGGAUUACCAGCCCGGAAUGAGCGUUCUCGCCAAAAUGAGAACUUUCCCUCCUUGGCCUGCCAUCAUAUUGAGCGAUGAGCUUCUUCCCGAAGCAUUAGUGAGGACGAAACCGAGUGGAAAAUCCGGAAAGAAAGGCGAGGCCUCGGCUUCGGCCGCUCCUUCCGCUCCAACAAGCUGGCCCGUUAUGUUUAUGGGUACGAACGAGUAUUCCUGGAUGAGCAUUAGCAAUUUGGAACCACUCGAUGAUGAAAAGUUGACCAAUGCACCAAAGGGUUCCAAGAACAAGCCUCUCCAGGAAGCCUGGUCUGUUGCUCAAAAUGGCUUAAACCUUGAUGAUGUCAAAUCGUAUCAAGAUUCUGUGGAGAUGGAUGUUGAUGAGUUUAGCGUCGAAGAAGGGGCUGCCGGACCGGGAGAAGGUGUGGGGGCGGAGGCAUCUCCCGAAGUUGAUGAUGAUCUUGAAGCAGAAGAGGUCGACGAGGAAUCCGAGGAGGAGGAGGAGACACCUAAGCAGAAGAAAUCGGCCAAGAAGACUCCGAAUAAGAAGCGCAAGAAGUCGGAUUCUGUUUCUGAUGAUGAGGACGAUGCCCUUCCAGACAAGCCGGCAAAAACUCCCAAGAAGGCUGCCUCUGCGAAGACCCCUAAAAAAUCGCAGGCCAAGGCUGUUCGGACUACCAAAGGAGCCAAGACUCCGUCAAACGGAACUGCAAAAUCUAAGGCUAGUGGCAAGAGCGCGAAGAAGGGCCAAGCGAAAGAUGAUAAGAAAUCGCCAGCUCCGCGUAAGAAGGCUGCUACCAAGAGCACAGACCGUGUAGUUGAUUCCGACUCUGAUUCUGCUCCUAAGUCGGGCGGGAAGAAGGGUGGCAAUGGUGAAAAGAGAACCAAGGAGAUACUGUAUCUCAGGCACAGAAUGCAACGUGGUUUCCUUAGUAAAGGCAAGAUGCCGAUUGCCGAUGACAUGCCAGCUAUGGAUAAAUACUUUGGCGUUCUCGAAGGUCAUAUCGAUAUUGAUGGUGAUUCUAUUCGUACGACCAAGAUUAAUAAGGUUCUGAAAGCGAUUGUGAAGCUCGAUUUCAUCCCUAAAGACGACGAGUACAGAUUCCGUAAGCGCGCUCUCGCUCUAUUGGAGAAAUGGGAUAAAAUACUCGCAGACAAGGUCCCUGGCUCCUCUCCCCCGGCCGCCGAGAAGGAGAAUGGUAUUAAGGGCGACGACGAUGUCGAGAUGAAAGACGACAGCAAGGAUGCCGGUGAAAAGGAAUCCGGCAGCGAGCCCAAGGCCGGCGAGAAGAAGAUCGUCGAUGUCAGUGUGCCAUUGACCCCAACCAAGGAGGCAGACUCCGCCGAUGCCACCGCUAAAGCCGCUGAUGUGGCUUCUGCGGAGAAGGCUGAAACAGCAGCUGCUUAAAGCACGCACAGUAUCUAUCUCAUUGCUUAGAUCAAAUGUGUCUUUUGUUUUAAAAUAUCCUUUCGGAGAAGGGGAAGGGUGGAAAUAAAAUUGCUUUUUUUUUUCUUUUUCCUUUACUUUUUUCUUGUUAUGGAACGGAGGGCAUCUCAUUUUAACUCAUUUAACUUUUCCUUUUUUUAUUUACCAUAUUCAAUUUACCAGGCCGGCCGUUGGACGGCAGAUGGAACGGGGAUUCCUUGGGCGGGACGAAAAAAUCACAAGAGCCUACUACGACUACUACUACUACGGUGGAACGACGACAGCCACUGCUAUCAAACAGCGGAAGGUGAGAGAGAAAACCCCCCCCAAAAAGUGAGGAGGGUUGUAUAAGGGCAUGGCAUCGAGCGGAGGCGCAGACGGGAAAAACGAAGGUGAACGACAGAACACGAUAUAUUUUGAGAGGAGAAGGGAAGAAGGGGAAAAAGGGAAGAAAGGACAUGUUUCCCCCCCCUCAAACGCAGUGAGGCGGACUAUUCGAUUGAUUGAUUGAUUGAUUGAUUAAAAACUGGACUCGAGGGAGAUGAAAAGGUAUUUUUUCUAAUAGUAGUACCGGUAUGUGUUUGUGUUGUUGCGGGUCAUUACUUUUUUUUCUUUUACUUUUUCCACUUGUCUGGGGAGUUCUUCUAUCAUACUUUAUUUUUAUUUUAUUUUUAUAGUUCAGUUGUUGUAGUGGAAGGCUUGUUUUUCGUUCUGCGUUCAUUUUUUUCCUCUGUGUGAUUGAUUGAACUAGUAGUGGUACUGGUAGUGGUACUGGUAGUGGUAGUAGCAGUGGUAGUUUGUGUGAUAUGUGAGGAUUCUUUUUUUA